GAGCGGUACCCGGAUGUUCCAUAUAUAAGACUCUGAGCAGGCCUGAAGCCUUCCCUUUUUCGUGCAUAAAGCACACGGUGCGUGUCUUUGUGUUUCCUGGCUCACCGCUGUUCGCUUUAUUUCUCACGAAUAAGUCGGUCAGGAAUACUCAAUUAUGGCAUUCAAAGACACUGGCAAAGCUCCCGUCGAGGCUGAGGUGGCCAUUCACCGCAUCCGGAUCACCCUCACCAGCCGUAACGUCAAGUCUCUUGAAAAAGUGUGUGCUGAUCUGAUCCGUGGUGCCAAGGAGAAGAAUCUUAAGGUGAAAGGACCAGUGCGCAUGCCCACCAAGACUCUGCGUAUUACCACUCGUAAGACUCCUUGUGGAGAGGGUUCCAAGACCUGGGAUAGGUUUCAGAUGAGGAUUCACAAACGCCUCAUUGACCUUCACAGCCCCUCUGAGAUUGUCAAGCAGAUCACCAGCAUCAGCAUCGAGCCUGGUGUAGAAGUUGAGGUUACCAUCGCAGACGCAUAAGAUGCUCUGUGUUGCCAGAAUGAACAGCAUUGACCUUUUCAUGACUGUGCAAUAAAAGAAAAGUUGGAUUAAA